AUGCCGAAUCUUACGCCUCAACAGCUCACCACACUCUUAAGUACUCUCACUUCAAUCGAACAACGACUCGACCGAAUUGAAGCGGCCCUUCACCUUAACAGCAAUGCCGCGCAUAACAACGGAAACGGCGACCCAACUUCCACUGGCACAUCGGCUGGUCCAGCUGCCUCCGUGCUAGCCCAUCCCUCACUAAGCGCCGGCGCCGGCAGGAGAGUCACCAACGCCCAAUCUCCCGCAGUCGCACAAGCCCGCCCACACCCGGCCCCACCAAGUGGAAGUCGCACAUCCAACCUCACCAUCCCCGCCGCCACCACCCAGUCCUCCGACCUCGCCCCCCUCGACCCGCCUCCACAAGGCUACACCAUCUCCUCACGAGCCAGCAUGCAAGACGAGCUCGACCAGUGGACCAUCCCGCGGGGCUACAGCAUGCGCAUCGCCGGCGCCAAAGUCACCGGCAAGAAGAAAGUCCGAUGGGUAUGUUUCCGAGGCGGCGAGGCGCGACACCACCGGCCGCCCGUGGACGAGUCCGUGAUUCAAGCGGCCAAAGCUGAAGGCCGGCGCAAGCCCACCACCGAUCGCACCUCCAAAAAGUGCGGGUGUCUGUUCAAGUUCGAGGUGAUUGAGACAGCCAAGGGGUCGGAUCUGUGGACGCUGCACUACCCAAAUGAAGAGCACAAGACGCAUAAUCAUGGCCCGUCGGAUCAGACGAGCGACCCGAGGGCGAGGAGGUUGCCGACGGAGGUGAGCAGGGAGGUGGAUCAGUGGUUGAGGGAGGGAUGGUUGGUUAGUAAGGUGCAGGAAGAGCUGAGGGGGAGGGGGUUUAGGAACGUGUUGAAUACAGAUCUUUAUAAUCGAAAGAGGUUGUUGAAGAAGGAGAAUGCGUAGGGGCAGGCGGGGGGUUGAUGAGGGGGGAAUGAUCGGUCGGCCUGGCUGAUGGAGACGCUAAUGUCGCUGCUUCGGGGUUCUGAACGUCUGGGUUACAGGGGGUUUCAUGGGAAAGGUGAAUCGGGACGCCUCAUUAAAGUUUUCAUUCCUGUUUGGGAGGAUGUUGGAGGUAAUGUAGUCUCGCGAUGGAAGUUAUGAUCUUGUUUUUCGAGUUCUAAAGACCAACUUUCU